UACUGUGCAGCUGUGUGUCAACUUGAGUAGUGGACCCACCGGCCAGUCCUGGAAUGCGAUUUGGAGACACAGAGAAUGGGCUUGUGUGUCAGUUUCCUCACUCUCCCGGGGUAGAAAAAGCAGGACUUUUAGUGGUGCUGGAAUUUUGGGAUGUGUUUUGAUUCAUUCUAAUGCAGAUGAAGACACCUUGGUAAAGGGAAAAAAAUGGUGGCAGAGGCAGUGGAUAGAGAGGCAAAACUGCCUGGUAAAAAGAAGAAAAAGAAGGGUUUGCGCAUUAAGGGGAAAAGGCGCCGAAAGAAGCUGAUCUUAGCCAAGAAGUUCAGUAAGGACUUGGGGUCUGGGAGGCCCGAGGCAGACAGCCCUGCCUUGCUGGCCUCCAGUGCCCCUGGGCAGGAGGAAGAAGGCCUUUUUGAGAAUGGCAUAGAGAAGCAGAUUUACCUCCCAAGUACCAGAGCCAAGACUUCCAUUGUGUGGCACUUCUUCCAUGUGGACCCCCAGUAUACCUGGCGGGCUAUUUGCAACCUUUGUGAGAAAAGUGUCAGCAGGGGUAAGCCAGGCAGCCAUCUCGGCACCUCCACUCUCCAGAGGCAUCUACAGGCACGGCAUUCGCCUCACUGGACCAGGGCCAACAAAUUCGGGGUCACCAGUGGGGAGGAGGACUUCAGCUUGGAUGUGUCUCUGUCUCCCUCUUCUCCUGGAAGCAAUGCAAGCUUUGACUAUAUUUCCACUGACCCAUUAGAUGAUAGCAGAAUGGGUGAGAAACGUGGUAAAUCGGCAUCUGAUGCCCUGAGGGCAGAGAGAGGGAGAUUUCUGAUCAAAAGUAAUCUUGUCAAGCAUGCCUUAAUUCCCGGAACGAGGGCCAAGACAUCAGCAGUGUGGAAUUUUUUUUACACGGAUCCCCAGCACAUUUCAAGAGCUGUGUGUAACAUAUGCAAAAGGAGUGUGAGCCGUGGGAGACCAGGCUCCCACUUAGGAACGUCAACCCUUCAGAGACACCUGCAGGCCACACAUCCCAUCCAUUGGGCUGUUGCCAACAAAGACAGUGGCGCUGCCGGAAAUGGCUCGGAUGAGGCCGAGACCGAGAGCAGUGACAUCCUGAGUGAUACCGUCCAAGGGGAGAAGUCCACCGGCAGCCAGGACCUAACAGCCGAAGACCUCAGCGACUCUGACAUCGAUGAGCCUCCAGUGUUGGAGGCUGAGAACAGAGCCGAGAGUCCUGUUGCUGUGGUGGAAUCAGUCCCAGUGAUACAGAUGCAGGAGAAGCAGACAGCAGGUGCUGCCAACCCAGGCCCCCGUCAAAUAAGCCAGGCGGUCAUCCAGAUGAUCGUGGAGGAUCUGCACCCUUACAGCUACUUCUGCACUCCCGCCUUUCAGAGGUUCUUGCAGCUUGUGGCCCCUGACUACAGGUUGCCAUCAGAGACUUACUUUUUCACCCAGGCUGUACCUCAGUUGUAUGAUUCCGUCAGAGAAAAAAUUUUCUUGACCCUAGAGAAUGUCCAAAGCCAGAAGAUCCACUUGACUGUUGACCUGUGGACCCAUGACCCAUCCACUGACUAUUUCAUUGUGACUGUGCACUGGGUCUCUUUGGAAACUGCCGCCUCUCCCAAUCAUGGCAGGAUCCCCAAUUUUAGAAAGUGGGCAGUGCUUUGUGUUACAGGUUUAGCCAAAGACUGUUUGAUAACCAACAUUUUACAAGAAUUGAAUGACCAGAUUGGUCUGUGGCUUUCUCCUAAUUUCCUUGCCCCUGGCUUCAUUGUUUCUGACAAUUCCUCAAGUGUGGUACAUGCAAUCAAAGAUGGUGGGUUUACCCACGUGCCGUGCUUCCUACAUUGUUUGAAUAUAGUCAUUCAGGACUUUUUCUGUGAGCACAAAAGCAUUGAGAAUAUGUUAGUGGCUGCUAGGAAAACAUGUCAUCAUUUUACCCAUUCCAUCAAGGCCCGUCAGAUACUGCAAGAGUUCCAAAAUGAUCACCAACUUCCAUGGAAGAAUUUGAAGCAGGAUGAAGCUGGCCAUUGGAUUUCUACCUUUUACAUGCUGAAGUGGCUGUUGGAGCAUUGCUACUCUGUUCACCAUAGUCUUGGUAGAGCCAGUGGAGUUGUACUGACGUCCCUUCAGUGGACCCUAAUGACUUACGUUUAUGAUAUUCUUAAGCCGUUUGAGGAAGCCACUCAGAAAGUGAGUGUGAAGGUGACAGGAUUGAAUCAGGUGCUGCCCUUAAUCCACCAUCUGCUUCUUUCCUUGCGGAAACUCAGAGGAGAUUUUCAAGUCAGGGGUAUCAGUCAGGCUCUCAGUCUGGUGGACAGUCUGUCUCUGAAACUUGAAACUGACACCCUGCUAAGUGCCAUGCUCAAGUCCAAGCCCUAUAUCUUGGCUACUUUGUUAGAUCCUUGCUUUAAAAACAGCUUGGAAGACUUUUUCCCUCAAGGUGCUGAUUUAGAAACUUACAAACAAAUCCUUGCAGAAGAGGUUUGUAAUUACAUGGCAUCUUCACCAGAGGUCUGCCAGGUUGCAGGUUCAGAAGGGUCUGGUCCGUUAGUUACAGCAGGAGGCGAGUGCUUUGCCUCCUCUGUAAAAGGUGCUUCCAGUUCCCUUCCCAUUGGUAGCUUAGCUACAGACAAUGUUGCCAUUGGAAACAAAAGUUUCAUGUUGCCUUCUGCCAUAGCCAUAGUGGAGGAGUACUUCAAAGAGAAGUAUUCUGAGCUCUCCUGCGGGGAUGACCCUUUGGUUUACUGGCAGGGGAAGGUGAGCGUCUGGCCAGCUUUGAGCCAAGUUGCCAUUCAGUAUCUAAGUUGUCCCAUGUGUAGUUGGCAGUCUGAAUGUAUCUUUACUACAAAUAGCCACUUUCAUCCAAAGCAGAUCAUGAGCCUGGACUUUGACAAUAUAGAACAGCUGAUGUUUCUGAAAAUGAACUUGAAAAAUGUUAACUAUGAUUAUUCUACGUUGGUUCUGAGUUGGGAUUCUCAGAAUGAAGCUGUUCAAAGCAGUGAAAAAGAAAUAUUACCUUAAUUUUUUCCCUUUACUCCAUUUAAAAUGGCAGCUCCUUGAUGUUACCAUAUCCAUACUGUUCUAUAUAGACAUGCUAAUAACUUUAUAAAACAAAUGCGAGGAAGCCCGAGAGAAUUCCUCGGAGGCAAGAUGAUGCCGACAAAAUAAAGAUUAGUUUUAAAAACUUCACAGUUGUGAUCUAGUGUAGUUAGCACUUGAAAUUUUUACAUUAAUUGGGAGAGAAAGUAUAUAUUUUUUAAUUAAAAAAUAUAGUGCAGCAUUGAAAAGCCUUAGGCUGUUUCUGGCUGGUGGAUUGAACUGGUAAUUGGUUUUAAGUAAGAAUUUCCCCUAUAUGGGAAGUUUGAUUAUUCAGAAACCAAGAAAAUGAGAAAAAAGCCUACUAAGAUGGAAUUAUCUGCUCCCUCCCCCCAUCCAUAAUUUUCUUUCUUUAAAAACCUUGAUCCUUGUAACUUGGCAAAAGUAAAAUCUACAAGAUUAUUUUAUAAUUGGGUAUUUACAAUUGCCUCCUCAUACUGGUCAGUUUCAUGCUUUCAGAUUACUGAAUGUGAUAGUAGUUACCCUUUAAGUUUAGGAUUGGAUCUGUGGAAAAGGAAAAUAGAAACCAGUUA